AUGAAUGUGCCCUUGCUGACGACUUUUCGCGAUCGCCACGUCCGCAGCUUUGGCACGACCACACCGGCUACAGUUCUCAACUCCAGGUAUCGUGGGUUGCCAGUGCAGCCUACCACCGCUAUUUGUAAAAGAGCACGCCGCCCCGAUGAUAGUUGA